CAUGUGGCUUCAGCAAUAGACAGAUGUAAUAUUAUUCAUAGGACUCAAGAGUGCUCACCGACAUCGAUUUUUCUUCACGUCACUUCAUAGCUGAUAUCUUCGCAGACCAUCAAAACCGCCUUUAAAGAUCUUACAACUCAAUCUAUUCUGCUUUUCUCCGCAAUAGACUACAGAAGACGAUGCUCCUGGCCACCUCGAUACGUUGGUUCACCCUCGCAGUGUUGGCUGUUGUCGACUUGCGAUCCGUUCAACUCGCGGAACCCCACCCACACAACCUGCUGCCAAAGCGCGACGGUGGGGCAGACCCAGUGACAGCACCUCCCCAAUUUUCGCAUGCGAAUGCUGUUCGAUGUAGUCAAAAUUUUCAAAUCGGUGGGAGAGAUGGGAUUGCUCAAGGGAAAACUCGGUGCGAAAACGAUCAAGGUUGGCGGUAUGAGUGUCCAACUGGGCACUGCCACGGAGGCGGACCAAACAACCAUCCCAAUGAUCACCCUUUAUCCGGGUUCCUCUUCCGUGGGUGCAAACUGCAAAGCGACUACCACAAGCCCGGUCCCGGUCAAAUAACCGUUAAUCCAGAUAGUUUCGGAAUUGUACCUGGCAUGAAGCAACUGAUGGUUUGGGGCUACGCUGUUCCCGCAGGUUCCACAACCCCUAGCAAAAAACGGGUCGGUUAUACUUGUGAUUGGAACUUGGACACCGAUAAUAACGCUCGCAGGCCUUGGUGUAACUUCUGUAUUAAGAUCACAUAA